ACCAACCAAUGUGAGACAUUGCUCGAACAAGCUGGAGUAUACGGACAGCUCCAGGAUUAACCGUCUUUUCUUGGGAUUUUUAAAGAUUUCUGACAUUUUACUAUCACCAACAUAUGUGCUACCCGGCUAUUAGCUAGCUACCAAAAUGCCUGGUAAAGACGGUGAAAUUGUGAUGGUGACAGGGGCAUCUGGAUUCUUGGGUCAGCAUAUCAUUAAACAGCUGCUAGAACAAGGAGAAUUUCUCAUCAAAGAGGUCAUGACCUUUGACCUAAGGCCUUUCACCUGGUGUCCAGAACUUGAAGUAAGCAACCCCAGUUGCAAGCUGACACACAUUGAGGGAGACCUGUUAAGCAUGGAAGAGGUGCGUAGGGCAUUCAAGGGUGUGACUGUUGUUAUUCAUACUGCUGGUGUGAUUGAUGUGUCUCCUGUACCCGAUUCGGAACUUCUCCGUACUGUCAAUAUCCAAGGUUCUGAGAAUGUGCUUCAAGCCUGUAUACACAACAACAUACAGUAUCUGGUGUACACCAGCACAGUUGAUGUAGUUAUUGGACAGGAGCCUAUAACAGGGGGUACAGAGACAACAUUAGGCAUUCCUCAACAUCACCACUUUGGCCUCUACGCUACCACCAAAUAUGAAGCAGAAAAAAUUGUUCUUAAGGCAAAUAAUCUUAUCUUGCAAAACAGCAAGCGCCUCCAGACGUGUGCGCUUCGACCAACACCGUUGUAUGGUGAAGGCGAUGUGUACAACAGGGAUGUCUUACAACAAGCUAGUCUCUACAAGACAAUGGUUUGCUUGGGGAAUGAAUCUUCACGUUAUCAGUGUACCUAUGCUGGGAACAUCGCUUGGGGACAUAUCCUGGCUGUGAAGGAACUUGUUAAACCAACAACUGAAGAAUCUCCUGCAGGACAAGCCUUCUUCCUAACUGAUGAAACUCCUGUGUCUAAAGUCAGUGACUUCUUUACCCCGUUCGUCAUAGGUGUCAACGCAAAGAUGUCCAGCUUCUCACUUCCAUUUUGGUUGCUCUAUUCCAUUGCUGUUGUGAUAGAGAUAUGUGCCUGGCUACUUCAACCAAUCUAUAAGAUCAAGGUCUUUUUGACCACUGCUACUGUGUCUUAUGUCUAUGGUGUGUACUAUUUCCAGUGUGAAGGAGCAGAAAGAUGCCUUGGAUAUGAGCCUCUGUACACUUAUGAUGAUGCUGUGGAAAGGAGUCUUGUUUACUACAGAAGAGAAUGUGGCUUAUCUUGACCAACAGUGAUGCCCAGUUUUCCCCAGUCAGCAAUACUAUAUUUGUAUAUUUUUACACUCUACCUUUUGAUUUUACUUCCAGAGCAAUAACUUGCCACAAAUGAGAAUAUUGGCUUUACGACAAAAGUGUAUUUACAUGUACACCUGGUUGAUUUUGAAAAAUAUGUAAAUUAUGAGAACUUACUGUAAAAGUUCUUGUAAUAUUGAAAAAUACGUAAUAAUUUGCAGACAUUGGCCCGUAGUCUGAAGUCGGGUUUAACUUAAACUCAGGUUUAAAGUUGUGGUUGAAGUAUUGGUAGCCAAAAGUAUCACAAUUUUUAUUAAGUUGUAUGUUUCUUGUGUUUACUGUGCUCUUUCCUGAUUCAUCGAUGGUGAAGACAAUCA